CUUGUGCAUCACCGACUUGCGAGCGGCUGCUGUUGCGAUCGCGAUCGCAUGACACAGCGGGUAGUUAUAAUAUAAUACCAGCAGCGAUAGAAAGGUAAGAAUGCGAGACAAAUAGCCGAAGCGGCAUCCCAUUCCUAUUGCUACGGUAUCCGCCCCAAAAAACACUCAGCGGUGAUAAAAGGAGUGGGAGUGCAAGUCAUCACAAAACCUCAGCCCAACACUUGCAACACACAUAACAGUACGAUAAUAUAUCUUUUCCUUCUUAAUCCAGAUGCUUCGUCUUUUGCCAUCCCAAACCCGCAUCCGGACGCGAUCCGCCGUGGUCAUGGGUCAUCGGCGACAACAACGGCAUGCAUCGCUACUGGCCAGAAAUAGAAAACACAAAACGAAACAGAAACAACAUCCCGGUCCACCGCAACACCAAGCAUCAUAUACGCGAACCAUGGCUGCGGGUGCUACCGGUGCGGGUGCUACCAGUGAAACCACGCCGUCCCAUUACAAGGAACACUACGAGAAUUUUAAGAGAGCAGAUUCCUACGAACGCGCCUACUUUUACGAGCCGGGUGCCUACAUGAAACACAUGGUGGAUCUCUUAUGGGACAGGCUGCGGCUUGAAUCCAAAAACAGUACGACGACACCGAAAGGCAGCAGCGCUGGCGCCCGCACCCGCUGCAUCCUAGACAUCGGCGGUGGAACGGGGAAUUUUGCGCAAGCCCUGAUGAAAAAGCAAGAAGCCGGCAAAUGGAGCGGUUCCUCGAGAAUCGUGGUGGUCGAUCCCUUUCUGGAACCGACGGCGGGCGGUUCGAUCGACGGUCUCGUGUCUUUUGUCAAGGCGCCGGCCGAAGAUUUUCUGCGCGCCCCAUCGUUAUCUGGGGACUGCUGGAGGACCCACAGGAUCGAUCGCGAGUUCGGCGGGUACGACCAAAUUUUACUCAAGGAGAUGGUUCACCACUUGAAGAACGAAGAUCGGGUCGGGAUUUUCCGUGGCAUGCGGGAGGGACUGGUUCCGAGCGAAACAAGAACGGCGGCAUCACCCCCGUCCCUGCUUAUUAUAACCCGUCCGCAGACUGAAAUCGAUUACCCGUUGUGGGACGAGGCUCGGUCCGUCUGGAAGGAAAACCAACCGAGUAUCGAAGAGAUCGAGGAGGAGCUCAGGGAGGCGGGAUUCACCAACCUGGAGCGAACCCUCGAGACCUACCCCUGCUCGAUCUCGCUGAAGCAGUGGCAAACGAUGGUGAAGGACCGAUUCUGGAGCACAUUUUCGAAUUUUUCCGACGAGGAGCUGGAGGAAGCCUGCGAACGCAUUGCAAGGGAGCACACACGCAACUCUAAGAACGAAACCAACAACGAGGAGGAGGAUACUGUCGUCCACUUUGAGGAUCGGCUUUUUUUCUUGACAGCCUCUUAGUAACUGCUACGGUAAGCGCAUCUCAGCACGCAUGUGCGAUCCCCACCAAGCAAUAGCGGGCUCUUUUGAAAACAUGGGAGAGAUGAUUCCCAACGGGACUAUUUAUUACUUCUUGCUCAAACUUUAUUUCCGAAAUAGCAUCCGUGCCCGUACGUAGCGAUAGUAAAGCACUAGAAACAGCAGCUUCUAGCGAAAAAAGAACGAUCUAUCGUUAGCAUGGCGGGAAGAUCGGUCACAUCAUACAGUACAAUGAAUAAAUGGCAAUAGUAGAUACUUUGCGUGAGGAGAUAAUUCAGUUGUAACCUCUAAAAUCAUUUAACAUUGCGCGGGAGGCAUGGCGUUACCGGUUUGCCCGAGCUUGUCGCAGGGUCCACCUGAAAGUUAAAGAAUAUGGUUUCUUUGUCGGUUCGAAUGCCGUCUCAAACUUUUGACAUAGGGUACGAACCUACGUACGGUACCUAGGCUGUCCGGAACCUAUUACAUAAAUAGUCCCUUGACGA